AUGGCGCUAAAAGAAACGCUGACCAACGACCUCAGAAACGCAAUGCGGCAGCGCGACAACGUCAAGCGCGACACCAUCCGCCUCCUUCUUUCUGCCAUCGGCUACGAAGAGAAGGCACAACGCACGGACGCGCUCGAAGACGAUACCGUUAUGCAGGUGCUGAGCAAGCAGGCGCAGCAGCGGCGCGAAAGUAUCGAGGCAUAUCAGAAAGGCAACCGCCCGGACCUUGUUGCGAAGGAAGAGGCUGAACUUGUCAUCGUAAGCGAGUACCUGCCGCAACCCCUUUCCGCCGACGAGAUUCAAGUGAUUGUCCAGUCGGCGAUUGCGGAAGUGAACGCUACGGGACCACAGGACAUGGGCAAGGUGAUGGGCAAGAUCAUGCCUCAGCCGGUCGAGUAUGUCUGGCACAAGGACACCGACCUAUCGCCAUAUGACUGCAUCAUCCUGCCCGGUGGCUUCUCCUACGGCGACUACCUCCGGCCCGGAGCGAUUGCGCGCUUCUCGCCGGCGAUGCAGGCGGUGACAGACUUCGCCGCGAAUGGUGGUCUUGUUAUCGGCAUCUGCAAUGGCUUCCAGAUUCUAUGCGAGGCAGGGCUGUUGCCCGGUGUGCUGUUGCCAAACGACCACCUGCAAUUUCGCUGCCAAUGGACGACCUUGCGCGUGGAGAACGCCAACACAGCAUUCACCGGAGCAUCGACAGUCGGCCAGACGCUGCGGAGUCCCAAUUUCUCAUGGCGAAGGGAAUUACUUCGCCGAAGCCGCUGUCAUAGAGCAACUGGAAGAGCACAAUCGCGUGGUUUUCAGGUAUAG